AUGUCUGCUGUCAAUCGCAGCCUUCGAACUGCCUCCAGAUCGCUACGCCUUCAGCCCACUUCCAAGCUUCAGCGAACGGCUCCUCUAGCUCUCUCCUCAGUCAAGCUCGGCGCCGCCCCUCGCUCUGCUGCUUCUGUCCUGUCGUCUACAGUUUCACGAGCCAGCUGCUUCUCCACCACAGCUUCCCGCCACAGCGCAGCGCCCGCCAUGCCUACCGAAGGACGCGAGUACGAUCCCGAGAUCAAGGACAUUGCCAGCUAUGUCCACAAUACUCCAAUUGACUCGGAAUUGGCUUUUGACACCGCACGAUGGGUCUUCCUCGACACAUUGGGCUGCGGUCUUGAAGGCCUGCGCUUCAAGGAAUGCACAAAACUUCUCGGCCCCAUCGUCCCGGGCACCGUCGUCCCCAAUGGGCCCAAGGUCCCAGGUACCAACUUCCAGCUGGACCCGGUCAAUGCCGCUUUCAACAUUGGUGCAAUGAUCCGAUGGCUGGACUACAACGACUGCUGGCUGGCUGCUGAAUGGGGUCACCCUUCCGACAACCUCGGUGCCAUUCUGGCUGUCGCCGAUUGGAUCACCAGAACAAACAAGGCCGGUGGAAACAUUGCUGGUGGCAAGCAGUUCACCAUCCGUGAUGUCCUAGAGGCCAUGGUCAAGGCACAUGAGAUCCAGGGAUGCUUGGCUCUGCUCAACUCGUACAACAAGGUCGGUCUUGACCACGUUGUGCUCGUCAAGGUUGCCAGUACUGCUGUUGUCUCCAAGAUGCUAGGUUUGAACGAGAAGCAGACUGCCGACGCCGUCACUCAAGCUUGGGUUGACGGCCAGAGCUUGCGAACCUACCGCCACUCGCCAAACACCAUGUCGCGAAAGUCGUGGGCCGCCGGUGAUGCCUGCCAACGUGCUGUCAACCUGGCCCUCAAGGUGCUUAAGGGCGAGCCUGGCAUUCCCACGGUUCUCUCGGCACCCGUCUGGGGUUUCUACGAUGUCUUGUUCAAGGGCAACAAGUUCGAGUUCCAAAGACCGUACGGCAGCUACGUCAUGGAGAACGUGCUCUUCAAGGUCUCGUACCCGGCCGAGUUCCACUCGCAGACGGCUGUAGAGGCUUCGCAGAAGAUUCACGCCAUCCUCAAGGAGCAGGGCAAGUCGGCCGCUGACAUCAAGGCUGUUACUUGCCGCACACACGAGGCUUGCAUUCGCAUCAUUGACAAGCAGUUCAAGCCCAUGGACAACUUUGCCGACCGUGACCACUGUAUUCAAUACAUGGCUUCCGUCAUGCUUGUCUUCGGCCGUCUUGAGGCUACUGACUACACCGACGGAGGUGAGGCUGCUACCUCUGAACUGGUCGAAUCUCUCCGCAAGAAGAUCAAGUGUGUCGAGGACCCACAAUUUACCAAGGACUACCAUGACCCUGCCCUCCGAACCAUCUCCAACGCCUUGACCGUUGAGCUGAAUGACGGCACCGUCCUGGAUGAGGUUGUUGUUGAGGCUCCUCUUGGCCACCGUCUACGCAGAGAAGAGGCCAAGCCCCACAUUCUGGACAAGUACAAGAGGCACCUUGGCCACCACUUCUCCGAGUCCAAGGUCAAGCAGUUGGUUGAGCUUGGCUUGGAUGGCAAGAAGUUGGAGUCUUUCCCCGUUGAUGAGUACGUUGACUUGUAUACUGUCAAGGACAGCAAAUUUAUUUAG